CACAACUCAACUUCCGAUUUGUCCCUUGACACAAACUCCCACCUCCAUCGUGGCCGUAGAUUUUGUAAUGCACAAAUACAAAUCUUCAGCCCUGAAGAGGUGAGGCCAUUCACAUCCUCACAAGACCACAUUACCAGCUGAUCAAUGCAGUCAAAUUCAAUUUCACUAAACACGGCACCGCAGCCACGGAUUGUGGGGAAAGUUUGAAGGAGAAGGUGCAUCGAAGGAUGGGCAGGUACCAGGCCUGGCUAGUCGAGCCUCUUUAGCCUGAACGCCAGUAAUGGAAAAGUGGUUUCUGGCGGGUCCUAUGUAAUAGCUGUACAAUGCAGCCGUAUAAAAGGGUUCCAUCGUCUCGCCUUUACCCCAUACCCAACGAACCAUGUCCAUUCCAAACGGUAUCUCUGAAAAUCUCGAUGUUCUCAUUGUAGGAGCUGGCUUUGCCGGUCUCUACCAACUCCAGAUCUAUCGAAAACUUGGCUACAACUGUAAAGUCUUCGAUUCCGCUGCAGAUAUCGGCGGUACAUGGUACUGGAACCGUUAUCCUGGCGCCAGAGUCGACAGCCCCGUUCCCAUCUACUCGUUCUCUACCGAAGAACUCUGGAAAGAUUGGAACUGGACAGAAAAGUACCCAGGAUGGAAGGAGAUUCGGGCUUAUUUCCAAUACGUUGAGGAGAAGUUGGGGUUGAAGAAAGAUAUCACUUUCAAUACUCGUGUGGUCAGUGCCGAGUGGGAUGAGGGACAGCAUCGAUGGACGGUGACGACGGAUGGUGGGCUCGUUGUACGACCACGACACCUGGUUCUGGCUACCGGUGCGCUCACGGUACCCUACACACCCGCGUUCAAAGGGUUAGAGAAGUUUCAGGGAGUUUGCCAUCACACAGGAAGAUGGCCAGAGGAGGGCGUUGACGUGAAGGGCAAGCGAGUUGCGGUGGUCGGUACCGGCUCUAGCGGUGUUCAGGUCAUUCAAGAAAUAGGUCCGGAAGUAGGACAUUUGACGGUUUUCCAACGCACGCCCAAUCUUUGCCUUCCUAUGGGUCAAGAACAGUUGGACGUGAAAACCCAAACAAAACUCAAGGAACUAUACCCUGUUUACUUCCGCUUCCGGCAUCAAAGUGUCUUCGGAUUCCAUUACAACCCCUACCCAAAGGAUUAUGCGUCCUCGACACCGGAAGAACGUAUACUUCGUCUAGAAGAAUACUGGGCGAAAGGUGGAUUCCAAUCGAUCGCUUCAUUUAACGACACGGGGCUCAAUCAGGAAUCCAACGAUGGUGUUUAUGCGUUCUGGCGGUCAAAAGUUCGCGCGAGGCUACGUGACCCGAGGGUGCAGGAAAAGCUUGCGCCCAUGGUUCCCCCUCAUGCGAUAGGAGGGAGACGGCCUUCCUUGGAACAGACCUACUACGAGGUCUUCAACCAAGACAAUGUCGAUCUGAUUGACCUCAACGAGGACCCAAUAGCUGAAUUUACAUCGAAGGGUAUCGUUACGGGAGAUGGAAAGGAGCACGAAUUUGAUGUUAUUGUUCUCGCUACUGGAUGGGAUAGUGUUACUGGAGCGAUGACGAAAAUCGAUAUACGAGGCAUAGGUGGGCGAACUGUCGCUGAAAAGUGGAAAGAUGGGGUGUACACGAAUCUGGGCAUGACGGUAUCUGGAUUCCCGAAUAUGUUCUUUACCUAUGGCCCCCAAGCCCCGACUGCGUUUUCCAACGGUCCGAGUUGCGUUGAACCCCAAGGUGACUGGAUUGCUGGCGUGAUUGCGCACAUGAAGAAGAACGGUUUGACGAAGAUUGAAGCUACGCCGGAAGCUGAGCAGAAUUGGCGAGGAAUGGUCAUGGGCAUCUAUGAUAUGCUCCUGAUGAAGAAGGCCAGGGGUUGGUGGAACGGAGCUAAUAUUCCUGGAAAAGCAGUAGAGGUUUUGAGUUUCCCGGGGGGCAUACCGACGUACUUUAGCAAAUGUACUGAGAGUGCGGAGAAAGGGUAUGAAGGGUUUGUACUUUCGGGGAAAGAAAAUGGACAGAUGUAG